AUGUUUUCCUCGUUCAGCACUCAGGACCGACUGAGACGGUCCAUGUCCACUCGCUCGAUGCGAAAGAGCCGGAGACCUCCAGAACCGGAGACCAUCGAUCCAGAGCUUGCCAAGUACCAUGCAGCCGCUGCUGCGUCGCACGCAAUGCGCUCUAGCGAGCGAUCGUCCACUGACUCCGGUAGCUCAUACAAUCGAUUGGGCGGUCCAGGGAGUGUGGCCAUUCCGCGAAGACGCCCCGGAUCAAGUCUCCAGCGUCCAGAGGAUGGCAUGUCGGUUGAUUCACACGCAAUCCCACUCCCUCGGCAAUCAAUGGAGACAAGCGGUGCGGCACCUCAGCAUCAUUACCUUGACGAUCCGGCGGUGCUACCCCCGAUCACAGAGUUCAAGGGUCUUGAUGGACGUGACUGUUCACAGCCUUCAUCGUACCGUCGGCUGCGCAAAGCCAAGUCCAUGUUCUCGACCAGGCAGCGAACGUCGCAUGUCACACAUGGGCCGUUGUCGGCAUUCCAUGGAGACCAUCCAGACCCAGAACGCAGCCCAGAGCUGCCGAUGCAACGAACACUGAGGCGGUCUAUGUCUUUCCUUCGAGGAGGCCAGCAGCAAUCUUCGCAGGACGCUCGACAAGCCAAAAGCCAUGAUGCGGCCCUCCAGCUGGCUCGUAGCCAAUACCUGCAGGAGCCUGGUGGAUUAGGAACCCAACCCAGACGGUCUUCUUUCUUUAUAUCUAGAAAUAAGAGAGAGCACAAGCCGUUCCGGAAGACAUUUCGUGCCACGAGUGAGGGUGGUAUUGGGGCACCUCCACCGUCUGAGCUACCCAGUCCCAGACACUCUCAAAGCAAAUCUCGAGCCUUUUCUGUCUCCUUCAAAAGAGGUCUCAAGCGGGUAUUCGGUCUUAGCAGAACCACUGAACAGCAAUAUCCAUCUCAUACCAGUUCCAAUAAUGCGACCAUUCCAGCUGAGAAUAUUGCUGACCAUCAUUAUGACAGUCACUUCCCCAACGCGAGAGAGAAAGGAGUUCAUGGUGUCAGCUACACCCCGUCGCAGACAAUGCGGAAUUCCCCCAGUCGUGACAGCCUAUGUGCCGCCAACUCGCGUGUCACCAGCUGGGCCGAUUCGACUGUGGCAAACACGGUCAAGACCCGGAGGACAGGGCACCGUCAAUCUUUGUGUCUAAUCGAAGAGCACGGAGACCUGAGCCAGCAGCUACCACAGAUGCCUGUCACUCAUACCGCGGAGCGGCAGUCGCCCUUUGUCGCAAGACCAAUUUCGCGUCAAGUUCAAGGGUCAGUCGACAGCCAGGACCUGUACUCGGCAUUAAUGAGGCAGAUUGGGCGAAAUGCCUUCAAUGAAUCUGAUGAUGAGGUCAUCUUUGGCACUGUCCCAGAACAUCGUGUGAUUCCAGAGCGUACGUCUUCGAUUUAUUCACAACGCAGCAGGCGCACUAUCCGCCAUGUCCCAAGCGAAGAAUCGUUAAUUUCACCGGGCUCGUUCGCUACCGCGCAUGGAGGUGAUUCGCUGACACCACAAAGACACCAUUCUCGACCGGCGAGUAUGUCUUAUCUGUCUGCACAUGAGAGAAACCAGCACAUCCCUACUGCUUUGACCAAAAGAUCACCAUAUGCAGAAUACACAAUUGGUGAGGAGUCUGAUGAGGACAAUGGUAGUGUGAUUAUCGCUCAUUCUGAGGAAUCACAAGGCGUGGCCAAUUCUCCCAGUGUCUAUUCUCGAACCACGGGGGACAACACGCCAACAAAAGACAACAAAGACGGCAUUUUCGAUGAAUCAGAUGCGUAUGAAGAGCCCGGAACCGCAACGAUUUUUGCUUCUCAGCGGUCAACUUACAACUCACCGAAGCGUGUUAAAGACGCCGAGUCCUCCAAAGCCCAGGUGCAUCCCAGCGCAGAUUGGCAGCAGUGGAUGACCUCUCAGAUUGAGCGGAUCGAGAAAACGACUCCGACGAGAGAACACUUCAGAGAACAAGAGCAACUCGAGGAUGAUGACGACAAACUUUUUGCCGAAAUCGCCCGGCAAGUACCUGCACCGAGUCGAGUUCCCAGUGGCAUGCUCAAUAUAGUGGAAGGCCAGGGCAAUGGCAAUCUUCAACCAUCUGCAGAGAACCCGCUGUUGCCACAGAGCAACUUCUCACGCCCGUUCAGCCGAACAUCAAGCGUGCGGACCAUCAUGCCGCGACAAAGAGCCGAAUUAGUUGAUACAAUCAAAAUCUCCUCAAAAGACUCCCGCGCGGAUCUGGGUGGCGGACCGACUGAAAAUGCUUCGCCUGGGUCUGGCGACCGAGUCAUGUCGCCAGUGCGAUUGAGGUCGGGAAACUUGCUGCCAGCCCCUGAAUCCCCUACACCCAAGAGGGGAACCAGGGAGCUCCCCAAACGAGCAUGGACACAGGAGCAGUAUCGUCGUUAUUCAGCCAGACGUCCUCCCGUGGCACCGGAAGGCAAGCCCAACCAAUUUCGAUCGAUGAGGAACCGGGAAUUUCGGGGGAUGACAAAUGAGAAUGUGCGACAGAAAGAGGAUAUCAUGAUGGAAGACUACCAUCAAGGUCAGGAGCCCCAUGGAACGAUUUCCAGCAAGCACAUGGUGGAGAUGUUCUUGAAUAGUCGAAGCCGACAGAUGGAGACGGGGAUGUCUGGCAACACGGCCGAUGGAGCGUUUCUCUGA